UGAAAUGAAAUUUAUAAGUUUCCAGGUACUCUUCGGAACAAGGAUCUAUCAGUAUUUGGCAGCUAUAACAGGCACGUUAUGCAUCCUGUCAUCAGAAAUGCAUUUCGGAUGGACAUCCCCGUCACUGCCUAUCCUCGUCAGAGGCAGCUACAAAUUCCAGAUCACCGCCGAAGAGGCGUCGUGGUUAGCAGUGACCUUGCUGGCGGGAACGAUCUUCGGAGCCAUCUUCACGGGUUGCCUUGCUGACAUAUUAGGCAGAAAGAAGAUCAUCCUCUUCACAGCUGUACCACUUUUCGUCUCGUGGAUGCUCAUAGCUCUGGCUAGUUCCGUGGUCGAGCUGUACGUCGCAAGGUUUAUAGCAGGUUUAUCCAGUGGGAUGUCGAUUUCGACGGUUCCGAUGUAUUUGGGAGAAAUAGCAGAACCUGAAGUUAGAGGUAUGCUGGCCUCUCUUUGUCCGGUCUGUGUAGUAUUUGGAAUCCUUCUCAUCAACAUCCUGGGAAACUACCUAGACAUCGACCAAACCGCUUUCGUUGCCAGCAUUUUCCCAAUAAUCCUGUUCUGCACGUUUGUAUGGAUGCCUGAGAGCCCAUCAUUCCUUUUAUUGAAGCAUCGUAAAGAUGAAGCUCAAAGGACCCUAGAAACCUUACGAGGAAAGGAGAACGGCGAGGUAGAACUAAAAAGACUGACAGAAGCCCUGAAUCAGUGUCAAGGAAAAGUUACAGCUUUUGAUUUAUUUUUAAACAGUACCAACCGAAAAGCAGCGACAGUUGCAUUCGGUCUCAGAACGGUUCAACAGUUUUGCGGCACAACAGCCUUGACUUUUUACUGCAAGACUAUCUUCGAACAAGCCGAUGAUAUUAUCUCUCCGAAUGUAGCGACGAUAAUUUAUUUUUGUCUUCAGUUGGGCGUUGCUUUCUUCGCUUCCUUCAUUGUGGAUAUUUUCGGGCGUCGUCCUUUGCUGGUAGUGUCCCUGAUAGGAUCCUCAACGACAUUGUACCUGUUAAGCAGUUACAUCUACAUAAAAGACAACACUGACCUCUUCUUGGAGAGCUACUCGAUCAUACCCAUAUUAGCGUUAUUUUUCAACGUUGUAUUCAUUAGUAUCGGCAUAAGGAAUAUCCCUUUGCUCAUGAUGAGCGAGAUGUUCUCCACAGACAUAAAACCUAUCGCUUUGUGUGUAGGAACUAUCUUUUAUAGCAUUAUUGCCACUUUAUCUGCCAAAGUGUUUUAUUUCACCAAUGAGCGGUUUGGGAUGUACAUGCCAUUUUUGAUUUACGGCACCCUCAGUCUUCUAAGUGUGAUCUUUGUGGUAUUUUAUGUUCCUGAGACGAAAGGCAAGACCUUGGAAGACAUCCAGAGAGAAUUACAAGGCUGUAAACGUGAACAGUGCAGCGAACGUUACAGAAACAAAGAAAGUGCGUGACAGAAAACUACUCCCACUUCGACUGAGAGGA